CACGCUCUUCUCAUAGUCUCCUCCAUGCCAGGCUUUCUAGUCGGAUUCCAUCCAAAUUCACUAGUUCUCUGUGGAUUUACUAUUUACAUAGCUUCAGCAGCAAUAUCCACAGCAGUGUUACUCAUCGGCACCAAAAUGGUGUAUACAAAGCCAUCGCUGUGGCGGAACUUUGUGUUUCAAAUACUCUUGCUGAUCCAGAUCCCCAGCGUCAUUCGGUUCACGGUCCGUGCGGUGACGAUCAAAAGCACGCUGACAAACGAGGCCGUGUGCCGAGCAUUGGGGGGCGAUAAACCACAUCUCAGCGCUGCUGCCUGCAUACAUGGCAGUCUACUGUGUCGUGUAUUUGCAGAUGAUCACGGUAUACUGGGUGUCGAUGGAGAAGCAAUGGCCGCAUGUGCUUUUGCUUGGCAGCAGUGCGUUGUGUAUCAUUGUGCCGAACAUCGUGUACUUGUGCUUGAGCUGGCAGAGGCUAGGGCUGCCGUCGGAUUGCGAAGAGCCACUUGUACCCACCAAACGCGAUUUUGUGUUCAGGAUUCUGACAAUGUCGGUGUGGACGUAUAUUCCCGGCGUGGUUGGAAUCUGCUCGAUGGCGAUGUGCAUAUUGUGCGGACGACACACAAGACCAGUCGGACAAUGGGAGCGGCCAAUGCAGAGUGGGCUGGCUCGAAUCUUCUGGCAAAGCGGCACGGAAACGCGAUGCUGCUAAACCGCACACUGUAUGUGGUCGUGGUACUGCCAGUGACACCGGUCCUGGACCUGUGGUUCAACCAGGCGCUAGUCAUUGUCCGGUACUAUUCGCAAAAGAAAAUGCUGGCCAUGGAGUACGUUAAUUCUGGGCUGUUUUCGCUGAUGGCGGUGUUCCUGGGGACAUCGUUCUUUAUCAAUCCUGGUGUGAGGCAGCAGUUACGCGAGCAAUUCAGGCCCAGAUAAAAUGGUGUGCGUGGGCUCUGUGGAGCUGAAUGUGCCAGGCAAGCGGUGUGGCUGGGCUGAUUGCCAGGCACGGUAGGAGAAAACGAUACUCGCUAAUAUCCUUCCAAGGUUCAGCAAUACACGAUGAGCCGGCCGCAAAGUAUCGCUCUGGGGUAGGGAGUCCAGGCAGGUGCAUGGAUGCUUAGGACUGCAUGGAACCUGCAGGCGAAUGAUCCGUCUGAUCUAGGCUCUAAGCACAGAAAUGCGCUGGCCGUAAGAAAGGCGUGGCAUAAAC